AUGCCGCGAUUUCCGCCCCGAAGCUCAAUCCUGUCCAUCCUCUGUAUGUGUGCACGCACACAUCAGAGCUCGCACAGCGGGUUCGAACCGCCAACAGCCUUCCACAUACACGAAACGCGCCUCCAGAUGCCUUUGUUUGCUUUCACUUUGGUGCUAUGCUGGUUCAUCGCGCCCACGUGGGCCCAGAACUGCAGUGUCCCACCGCUUACAUUGACCAUACAAAACACAACGUUUAGCGACGGUAUAGUUGUCAACCGUGGCAUCCAGACCUUGCUCGGUGGACAGCUACUAGGACUCCGCCUUUCGCUCAGCCAAAACAAUACUCGCGUUAGGAAUGCGCGCGACUGUCCGGAACGCGCUGCCAACUUUUCCAGGUGCCAGGGAGCGUCGGGCGGCGUAUUCAGCAUCUCGGAGGAUACAUUCACCAGUGUCCCUCCAAGUAGAUGGAACGUCUCUGUUGUGGACCCUCAUCCGCAAGACGUGACGAUCCUAUACGGCUACGGCGCGGCAGAGUUUCCUGGCACAGAGGCAAUGGUCGACGCGCUCCCCGUCGAGGUCUGGUCCGAUACAGACGCCCAAAACAAAUCAGAGCUUGCUCUUGGACCGAGCUCAUCAUUUCUCAGCCGCCUUGUUGAACAUUCAUGGGCACCGACCCGCAACAUUGGGCUAUAUUAUGGAUCGAGGUCGCAAAAUCAAGCCAAAGAUGGUCGCUUGAUUAUUGGCGGAUUCGACGAAGCUAGAUUCGAUGCAUCAACUGAGGCCGAAUUCCCGCUGUUUGGCUAUGGAGCUGCAAUAAGUUGUCCUCUGCAAGUGAUGCUUGCCGAUGUCAUCUUGACCAACUCGGAAGGUAAUCACUCGCUCUUCAGAGAUCCCGAUUCGAGAGUUCCUGCGUGUAUAGAUACGAUCCAGAAUGCGUUCACCUUCACAAAGACGAUGUACGACCAAUGGGCCGGCCUGACGCGCCACAUUGACUUCGAUGGAUCGAAUUAUACAGGGCAGACAUACCCUGCGGAUAGAGAGCCACUCCUUGGGACACUGACCAUCAAGUUGUCGAACGGUUACACGUCUGUGAUCCCUCACUUCGAAUUGGUAUCGAAUGAACGCGGGACUGAUGACCAAGGCAAGUACGCAGUGCUCAACUCGUCACGUGUCAUGGCCGCGAUUCAAUCAGGGCAAGGCGAUCUAGGGAAUGAUGUUCCUCAACUCGGUGGCGUCUUCUUAUCGCAGAACUACCUGCGGAUAGAUUACGACCAGAAGAAAUUCUGGCUUGCCAAGGCUGUUACGAAUACCUCUCUCCCCGCGGAGAUCACAGGUGUCUGCACGUCGCAACCUACCAUGCCUGUGACAAAUGAGGGAAUACCCGGGGGAAAUAAGGACCUUGGUUUGAAAGUUGGCCUACCCGUCGCGUUUAUCAUCGUAAUAGCCGGAUUGUUUGGGCUCUGGCGCUUCAAACACCGGUCGAGACUGCCCUCUCCUUCUCCAGGAGGCAUGUUUACUCAGCUGCACCGAAACAUCAACCUUCGCGGACGGCCUCCUCAGGCAGCAGAUCCAGGCGCACGAGAAAUGAUACAAACUCACCAGACUGCCACACAGCCUUCCGAGUCCGCAGCUGCGCAGAACACAGCGAAAGCAGACAGUGGCAGAGAGUCAGACGGGUACGAAGAUGCUACAAGGAGGAAUUCACUUCCCUAA